UGUCUUCCUGAACAUCGGAUCUUAAAGGUCCUCGUAAUUCGCGGUGCCUCGCUUAUGAAAAAGGACAUAUUUGGGACAAGUGAUCCGUAUUGCCGCAUUAGUCUUUACCGCGACGUUCGACAAUCUAAUUGCAUCGGUUCAUACGUUCGGACACGAACCAUUAAACGCACACUGAACCCGCUCUGGAAUGAGGAAUUUUACUUUCGUGUGAAUCCCGACAGUAACCGUCUUGUCUUUGAGCUCUUCGACGAAAAUCGAAUAACCAGAGAUGACUUUCUUGGGCUGGUCUCCAUUUACCUUCCCCAACUGGAUAUUCGAGUUGAAGGUCAAGAGGACUCGUCUCGCAACGCAGCCAAAAACUUUCUUUUGCGACCGCGAAGGGCGUGUGGACGACGCGAUCAGCUAGCGGGCGGACGCAAGAAUGAUACCCCAGCCUCGUCGUUGACUCCGACGCCACCAAAAAAACGCAUAAACGUUCCCAUUUGUCAGGUGCUUGGCCAUGUGCGAAUCCCGAAUCACCCCGACACCGCGCCAUCUCACUCGUCAUGCGAGUCUUUUGAUGGCGUUGCAAUCGGCUUCACGUGUGUACCAAUUUUAGUGAAACUGUGCCAGCUUCUGCCAAUGCAACAGACUACAGAGGAAAGCAUUGAUCCGCCCUCUGCUCGAAUCCCCGGUCUUUCGUUUCGGGAGCCUCCUAAGUACGCGAUUUUUACGUGCAUGACCGGCCUGCUUCCUAUGCUAGGCCUAGUUGCAAGUCAUUUGAUCUACGUGGGCAUUGCACGUUCUCGAGUUCAGGGCAAGCUGCUCGUUGCUCUCUCUUACCUUCCUCCCUCCGUCGACAUUCACACCACCCAGAUCCGAUCAGACUUCCACAAGGCCCCCUGCGCUUCAACCAGGCUCUCCCUUCCCAGCUCCGCUAUUCUGCCUCCGCUAGAAGCGAACGGGGCAAAUCUGACGAGUCCCUCGACCUCCUCGGUGUCAGUGCCCAGCGCGUCCGCCUUCAGCGUCCCGCCUUCUUCUUCUUCCGUGAGCCACAACCCCCCCGCCCGAUCCGAAGAGGCACCGCCGGACCACCCCCAGUCCGGUCCGAUCACCACCAGCAUGGUGAUGUCCAACGAAGUCGACGACUGUCUUCCUGAGGGCUGGGACGAACGAAUCGACCAGAACGGCCGAACGUACUACGUCGAUCACAUCCACAAGCGAACCCAAUGGGAUCGACCCCUAAGGUACGGCAGCAAUUCCCUCUGCGUGAUUUCACCUCGGCUGCCCGACGGUUGGGAGCAGCGAACUGACGUCAACGGCCGCGUCUACUACGUCGAUCACGUGAACCACAGAACCACGUGGUACAGUCCAUUCUGCCCCGAAAACGAGGUCUUUGUGAAUUUGCCGACCCAGGACACAACUGCUGCUCCAUCGAGGACCGGCGAUGAAAACGACUCCUUUGGCGAAAGCAACCGUUUCGUGUUUAUGUCACGAGAAUGCGUGUCAGGCGUGGUGGUGAUCGCACCAGGCUUAACUCGGUCAGCGAGUGAUCCGCCGGCGUGCAAAUCGGCCUACUUUAUGACUGCUGCGCGCCUUUCAGACCCCUACUCUGAACCCGCCGACGGUCCCAGCAACGCGUCGUCGGAGCGCGGCCACGCCGAGGGCGGUGGUGGUGGUGGUGCUGACGGUGGCGCAGAGCACUCGCGCCUGCCUCCUUCACAGGUCAGGAGAACCCUUCGACACGGACAAUCUCUCGUCUCCAACGCCCUGAAUAAGCCCCUUGCUCCGAUCUACAUGACUAGUCUUUCCCCGGAGGAGCAGGUGCAGGCAGCGCAAACCAUGUACCUCCGGCGCCACCAGGUUCGCAUAGAGGACACCACGCCAAAUGCGCCUCCUGCAAACGACGCUCUCGCGGCUGCCAUGGAAACCAGUGCCACGACGCUUCCCACUCCCAGCGACGAGGAGCGGGAAGUUGUCGGUGACAAUGAGGAGGAGGAGGAGGAGGCGGCGGGGGUGGAGGUGGAGGAUGGAUCCGGCCGUAACCAGCUCCCAGGACCACCACCGACCUCCACUCUCGCAGAAUCGGGACAAUCAGAGGGCAUCCAAGAGACGCGUACGCCUUUGUUGGCGGCGAUGCCAACUCCGGGCGACUCGCCUGCAGCCCUCCCCCUAUCUCCAACCUCUCCUGACGGUGCCGGUGCCUCAGUAGACAACCGAAUAUCGAUUGUGCCCCUUGACGAUGACCCUCUGCCCCACGGCUGGCAGAUGGCCAUCACUGCAAGUGGUCGGAAAUUUUUCAUCAACCACAACGACCAGACCACCACUUGGAAAGACCCGCGUAAGAAGCACGCCGCACCACCGAAGCGCGACGCCACGUCGUCUGUGAUGACCAAAGACGCGCAGCGACAUGAUCUGCCUGCGUUGGGACCGCUUCCGCCCGGCUGGGAGGAGCGAGUGCACUCGAACGGCCGCAUUUUCUACAUCAACCACAGUACGUUUUUCGUCACCUGCUCUCUCCCUCUCAAAUGCUCGAAUUAUGAUCACUUUCUGGGCUAG